AUGGAGGCUGUCGGUGUUAUUCUUGGGGCUGUAGCCUUGCUAGAUCCCGCUUAUAAGGGUCUUCGAUCAUUGUGGAAAGCUUAUAAGAUAGCUUCAAGCUAUGGGGAAGACUUCGUGCUUUCUGUUGCUAGUCUACGAUCACAGGAAUGGAUCUUUGUAGCUCAACUCCAUCAAUAUGAGGCUCGUUGGAGACUAGAGGGAGCAGACGCCCUUCACGGUAGUAAGCAACAAAGCUUGAAGCAAGCGAUUGCUGCACAAAUUGAGUCUAUCCUGCGAGUAUUAGACAAAUGCUAUGAAGUUGUGCGCAAAUUCGACCAAAAGGAAAGUGACGGGGGCGGUGCUGUAACUGAGGGGCCAGAGCCUGUGGUCAUCGCUGUGACGCAGCUGAACGCGCCGCGGCCAACACAUGAGCUCGUCAAAACUCCUCAAUUAUCAGUAAUUGAGGCAAAGGUUAGACAGUAUCUGGAAAAAGUGAAGAAGUCGACAAAAACGAAAGGAAAGGCAAGCCCCCAAGCUUCACAUAAAUCAGAAUCGGUGAGCAUAUCUGAACCGGGAUCAACGUCUCGUUUGGCCCUUCGGGAGGAUCUGGCAGAAGAGUACGCUAUCCAAAAGCAGCGCGUCGACAAAAGAAUCGAAGAGGCACAAAAGAGAGUUUGCCUGAGCAAGCUAGGAUCCUGGGUUGAUCAUGGAAAGCAGGAAUUCGACGACUUUGUCUCACAACUUCGAGAUAUGAAUAGUGACCUGAGAAAGAUACUACCAAUUACGGAUCAUCUAAGAGAUGUCUUCGCGAGAAUCCGUCCGUCGGACAGAUCUCCAGAGUUGUGGGAAGACACAAAAGAAGUUCGAGGUGAGCUUGACGGUCUCCAUAAGGCCCUAAGCUUCGUCAAUCGUCCUGUACCUGAAAAGGGACUGAAGUCAAUCGCAUUUGCGAUUAAGGUUGAGGAAGACUUUGACGAACUACGGGCGCGGGCAGAAGAGGAUGGAAUAAUCAGCGGCUUACCGUUAACUCGGCAGCCGACACUGUUCUGUUUGAUGCCAAGGCCAGAUGGCUUCAGUACCCGAAAUGACUUUAUGCUUACGACACCGGUGAUCGCAGCAAAUGAUAAUAAGAUCACCAACUUACCGCACAGUGUCUCUGACCUGAAGGAGCGCAAUCAAGAUUUUGAUAUCAUUGGAAACGUCGAACACAGUGUAAAGGACAGAUGGAUCUACCACUUGCAAAGAGUUGAGGAUGACGAUCUCGUCAGCGGUCACGAUGUUUCAGCACUUGUUGAGCAUCGCGGCCUACGCGCCAAGGAAAGGAUAUGCUUGGCAGCAGAUAUUGCGCGAUCCUAUCUCUACUACAUGGAUAUCAAUCAGGGGAAAUGCCUUGGACCAUUGGCUAAUUAUCACCUAUUUGGGCAAAGCAACUCAGCUACGGGAGAUGCGAAUUGGACAUUGCAGACUCUGGGCUCAUUAUGGGUUGACUUUGGGUUCGGACUGUCGACUGCUCCAAAGAGAAACAAAUUUCGAUCGAGAGCUCAGUACCAAGAGGAGAAGAUCAGUGCCUCAAUGGAGCUUGGCGUCUUACUUUAUGAAAUUAUGGCGGGCAGGCUAUUAGAGUACGACUCGACCAUAGAGGGACUCCGUAUAGCGAAAAUAGCAGCGCAGGAUGGGCUAUCAGAGGUAGAACAGCACUGUGGUAUGCUCAUGAGAGAUGUUGUUGCGAUUUGUCUAAUGGAUCUUAUGGAUGAUUUGGAAGAUAAGGAUGUUGUGGAGGAGGUAGCAUCUGUCUUGAUCCACCAUACUAAGAAACUAAAGAAAGCAGGAUAA